AUGACUCUGCAUAUCAGCGCAUGCUUGAUGAGUGGGAGAACGGCUGACCUUGAGCUGCCACCAGACGCAUCCGUUUCCGAGCUCCGUCGCCGAGCGCAGGAAGCACUGGGCGUGAACCUCAGCUCGGUGGUCUCCUCUGCGGGAGCGAUCCUGCAAGACCAGGAGAUUCUUGCUGAAGCCGUGCAAGAUGGAGGGUCGGUAACCGUGCACACGCGUGCGAAGAGCCUCGCAGCCGCAUCGAUUGCACAGUUUGUGGCCAUUUGCGGCAACGGUUCGGUGGAGUCCUACACCCCACACGUUCGCAGCCAUGUGCAGGCACGCUUGAAAAAUGUGCAGUGCAUCCAGGCGGCUGUAGGCGAGUCCUUUGAUACCCAUGAGGAUGAAGGCGAGGAGGAGGAGGAGGAGGUCAUGUUGGAAGAAUCUCCGGAGGAAGAGCAGCUAGAUGAUGAUGAAGACUGGAUGGAGGAACCGGGGGAGGGGGAGGAGGAGGAGGGACAGGAGGAGGAGGAAGAGGAGCAGGAGGAGGUGUCACCUGUGCAAACUGCCGAGGCAGCCAGCCGAGCUUCGCUGCUGCUCCUUUUCGAGGGAGGUGAGUUUCAGUACCCUGCAGUGCACCUGGGCUUCCGGCGCAGCGUUGCCUUGGGCGUGGGGGCGCGGGUGGCGGAGCUCCGCACUCUCUCACUGAGACCAGUGGUCUUUUCUGUGGAGGGCUUUGCAGACGGAUCGGAGAGGCGUUCGCUGAAGAAGCUGGCGAAGCCUCUGCUGAAGAAGAGUGAGGUACGGCAGUUUGACAACCACCCAGCAGAUGGCGAUCAGAGCUUUCGCUCGUCCUGGUCUGCUUUUCUCCCCGCUGAGGAGCCUUUGGUGAGCUUGAUCAUGAACCGAAGCCAAUUGCUCACGAAGGUCUCCGGGCGGGUCGAGAACUUGCAGGUGAUGAGGUACCGCCCUGGGCAGCAGUACCAAGCUCAUUGGGACUUCUUCGACCCCGAGUACUUCAAGAAGCAGCCCGAGGUCCUGGGGCGCCUCACUCAUCGUCGAAAUCGGCUGUUGACCAUGCUGUUCUACCUGGCCAGCAGCGCAGAAGGCGGGCAGACGGCCUUUCCCAUGGCUUACGGUGCACCGCGGCCCGCGGACCCGGAGGAUUGCAGCUCCUGGCUUCAGGUGCCGGCGAAGCGAGGUAAGGCUGUGUUGUUCUACAAUUUGCAUGCAGACGGCCGCUUGGAUCGCUCCUCCAACCAUGCGGGCUGCAAGGUCCAGGCCGGCGAGAAGUGGUCCGCCAACAUCUGGGCCUGGAAUUCGAAGAAUCAGGAGAUCAUGGAUCCAGAUCUCGAUGAUGAGCUGUGA